AAAUUUAUUCACAAAUAGUAAUUUUUAUUUAUAACAAGCCAGUUUCACAAAUUUAAGUAAAAUGAUAAACAAAACGCAUAUGUCAUAAUGUCAAAAACAGCUGUCCGGCUGUCGUAUGAUUUAUAGGUUAUAUUUAUAAACUUGCACUCGGGCUUUUUUAUUUACAGCGCAAAAUGAAAAUCUAAGAAAGUAAUGUAAUAAACAACAAUUGAAUUCGUUAAUUAGUCUAUAAAGAAGCAAACAGGAUUGAAUUAAAAAAAAGAAGAAUGUCAUCCAAAUUACCGAAAACUACUCUGAGUUUGAAACAGUUUCUUCUACGUCAAGAAGUUUUGAAACUAUACAGACAAAUCUUCAGGACACUUAGACAAAUUCCAGAUGAGACCACAAGGGCCGACCUAAGGGAAUGGGCCAGAUCGGACUUCAGAAACAACAUGCACCAUAAAGAUGAAACCACCAUCAAAGUCAUGCUUCAUCAUGGACAAAAAUCAUUGAAAGAUUUACAAAAAUCCUUGUCUUUGAGCAAAAGUUAAAAAUCUCUAAUAGUACCUAUUCAAUUAUUGAAACAUUGUUUUUUAUAGAGUGUAGUAAUCUGUGAUAGUGUAUGGAACAUAUAAAUUAUUUAAAAAAGUGUUAUUAAUGAAACUGUGUUUAUAGUACAAAACUUUUUUAUUUCAUUACAUUUUUAAAACUAAAAUUGUGUUUAAAUUAUAAUAAUAAAACAAUUCAUACUAAAGCUUAUCACAUAAUUUAGCUAUUUACAAAAUAAAACAUUUUUUAAAUGCCAAGUUACUUUAUUUGUUUUAAGUCCAGUUGUGCUAAUUUGUAUUGGACACUAUUAUUUACUUAAAUGCUUAUAUACAGUUGACCC